UCCUCCCGGACUGCCCGCGCUGAUGGUCCCGCACGGAUCUGCUGCCCCGGGAAACCGCACCACUUUGUCGCAGACAAACCGCACCACUUUGUCGCAGACUAUCUGAAGUCGUUCCGUGGCCCCGGCGUGUCCUCCCCUCCAGAGUCCUCGCGGGACCCUGGCAGGGCGCCGGUCGCCUUGUUCAGGAAGCGAGGAGCGUCAGAGAGGAAGUAGAAGAUGAACAAGCCCCUGACACCAUCCACAUAUGUGCGCAGCCUCAAUGUCGGACUCAUUAGGAAGCUGUCGGAUUUUAUUGAUCCUCAGGAAGGGUGGAAGAAAUUAGCAGUGGCUAUUAAAAAGCCGUCUGGUGAUGACAGAUACAAUCAGUUGCAUAUAAGGAGAUUCGAAGCCUUACUCCAAACUGGGAAAAGCCCCACGUGUGAGCUGCUGUUUGACUGGGGCACCACAAACUGCACAGUCGGGGACCUUGUGGAUCUUCUGGUCCAGAUUGAGCUUUUUGCCCCUGCUACUCUCCUGUUGCCGGAUGCUGUUCCCCAAACUGUCAGCAGUGUACCUUCUAGAGAAGCUGCAACGGUGGCACAGACACACGAGCCCGGCCAUGAAACAGUCAGGGCAUCGGUGACGCCUGUGCUGAGGCUAGAACAGAGCUGUGGACAACCUGACUCCUCAAGCUCAGACGACCAAAGUUCAGAAUCCAGCGACACUGGUACCCGUUUCCACAGUUUUUCGUUCUAUGAGUUGAAGAGCAUCACCAAUGACUUCGAUGAGCGACCUGCUUCUGUCGGCGGCAGCAGAAUGGGAGAGGGAGGCUUCGGAGUGGUAUACAAAGGCCACAUGAAGGAUACAGUUGUGGCGGUGAAGAAGCUGGGAGCGAUGGUUGAAAUCAGUACUGAGGAACUAAAGCAACAGUUUGAUCAAGAAAUUAAAGUAAUGGCAAAGUGUCAACAUGAAAACCUGGUAGAGCUCCUUGGCUUCUCAAGCGACAGCGACAACCUGUGCUUAGUAUACGCUUACAUGCCCAAUGGCUCCUUGCUAGACAGACUGUCCUGCUUGGAUGGCACUCCACCACUUUCUUGGCACACGAGAUGCAAGAUUGCUCAGGGUGCAGCUAAUGGCAUCAGUUUUCUCCAUGAAAAUAACCAUAUUCAUAGGGAUAUCAAAAGCACAAAUAUUCUACUAGACGAAGACUUUACUGCCAAAAUAUCUGACUUUGGGCUUGCACGGGCUUCUGCAAAGUUUGCCCAGACAGUCAUGACCAGUCGAAUCGUGGGCACAACGGCUUACAUGGCCCCUGAAGCUUUGCGAGGAGAAAUAACGCCCAAAUCGGACAUCUACAGCUUUGGCGUGGUUUUAUUAGAGCUAAUCACCGGACUCGCGGCUGUGGAUGAAAACCGAGAACCUCAAUUACUACUGGACAUUAAAGAGGAGAUCGAGGAUGAAGAGAAGACGAUCGGGGAUUACACCGACGAGAAGAUGGAUGAUGCGGACCCCGCGUCCAUUGAAGCGAUGUAUGCUGCAGCUAGCCAGUGUCUGCACGAAAAGAAGAACAAGAGGCCGGACAUCGCGAAGGUUCAACAAUUGCUGCAAGAGAUGCCUGCUAAGAACGAGUGAAAUAGGCUAUAUAUAAUCUAUAUAUAAUACACUCUAUAAGCACUCACCCCUCGCCUUUGUUUUUUAACGUCUUGUGGUCCUGAAGACUGAACAAGCACCCUGGCACUGAGCUACAUCACCAGCCUGUUUUUUUGGUUUUGUUUUCCUAAAUGGUCUUUAUGUUUAACACGGCGGCAUGGUGCACUGUACUGAGUGAUUAACAGAUGUGUUGACGCACUGCCAGAAUGACUGCAGCAUGGCGGCACUUGGCUUCACCUCCUUUGUAUGGAGAUCAUUUUCCACGGCAAUACCAUCAAAUUACAGCAACUACAAGAUUCAGGAAAACAGCACGGCACUGGGGAGACCCUAGGGUUUGGGGUUUUGUUGUUGUUGUUGGCCGAGAUGUCCUGAUACUCUCUCUGUAUAUAGACCAGGCUAGUCUUGAACUCAGAAGUCUACCAGCCUCUACCUACUCUGCCUGUGCCACCACCAUAUAGCCAGAGAUCCUGGUUUGAAGCCCAGCAGACUCCGCUAAUCUCAAGUAAAGCCCUGGUCCAGCUCUCAGUUACUGUAAACCUCAGAUUUGGCUUUUCUUUUUUGUUAAUAAACUCUGUGCUCCUGUAAAUAACUCUUCCUAUGCUCCUGGUACGUAACCUCCACCUGUACAUAACCUCCACGGCUCCUCCCCACCACUCCUCCAAUACGUAACCCCCACACCUCCUCCUGUACGUUACCCCCACCACUGCUCCUGUAACCCUAAUUAAACUCAUUGGGUCACCAAGGUA